AUGUCUUCUUGUCUUGUUUUCACACUUAUCUUAAACUCUCUAAUUGCAGCAGCAACAGCAGCCACAUACAAUGUGGUUACCUUCGGAGCCAAGGCUAACGGUAAGACCGAUUCGACCAAAGCAUUUCUGAGUACAUGGGCUUCGGCUUGUGCCUCAUCUGGAAAAGCUACAAUCUAUGUGCCAUCUGGAAGAUACUUGAUCGGAUCAACCGCCGUAUUUAGUGGCCUAAACUGCAAAUUCAGUGCGAUCACAAUUCGCAUCGAUGGAACCCUCGUGGCCCCAUCAGAUUAUCGGAUUCUGGGAAGUUCGGUAAAUUGGAUCAUGUUUCAAAGGGUCAAUGGAAUCUCUAUCAAUGGUGGCAUACUUGAUGGCCAAGGCACCAGCUUAUGGGCUUGCAAAGCUUCCAAGAAGGGCUGCCCUAAGGGAUUUACGUCUUUAAAGAUCAGCAAUUCGAACAAUGUCAUUGUAAGUGGAUUAAGAUCGUUAAACAGCCAAAUGUUUCACAUCGCGAUAAAUGGAUGCAACAAUGUCAAAUUGCAAAAUUUGAAGAUAUCGGCUCCUAGUGCAAGUCCAAAUACCGAUGGCAUCCACAUAUCGCAAUCCUCUGUUGUCACAAUCACCAAUUCUGUUAUUGGAACCGGUGAUGACUGCAUCUCUAUUGGCCCCGGCUCCACCAAUUUAUGGAUCCAAAACAUUGUUUGCGGGCCUGGACAUGGUAUCAGUAUUGGAAGCCUAGGGCAAACCUUACAAGAGGCUGGAGUACAAAACGUGACGGUAACAAGUACGACAUUUACAGGAACAGAAAACGGGGUGCGAAUAAAGACUUUCGCUAAGCCAAGUAAUGGAUUUGUUAAGAAUGUUCUCUUCCAACAUGUUACUAUGGUCAAUGUCAAAAACCCUAUAAUCAUUGAUCAACAUUAUUGCCCGGGCGGAAACGGUUGUUCAAAUCAGGAGUCAGGAGUGAAAAUCAACGGAAUAACUUACCUAGACAUUCAUGGAACAUCAACCAAACAAGUGGGAGUGAAAUUCGACUGCAGUAAGACAAAUCCAUGUAGUGGAUUAAGGUUGAAUAACAUCAAUUUAUUGGUCGGAAAUAGUAAAGUGGUACCACAAGUAUCAUGCUCCAAUGCUAAAAUCACUACUUCCGGUGUAACAGUCCCUGUCAGCUGCUCGUAG